CCCCAUUAUAAACAAGGGGAGGACCGGAGGAAGGUAGACAGACAUUUGAAAGCUUGCUUUUAUUACAGAAAUUGAAAGCAAAGGACCAAGCAAGCUCUUUAGUUCUCUCUCUCUCUCUCUCUGAUUUUUAGUUCGUUUUUAUUUGAGAGAACAAAUGGCGGAGCAGCUGACUGAAGAGCAGAUCUCGGAGUUCAAGGAGGCUUUCAGCCUCUUCGACAAGGAUGGCGAUGGAUGCAUCACCACCAAGGAAUUGGGUACAGUUAUGAGGUCUCUGGGCCAAAAUCCAACAGAAGCUGAACUCCAGGAUAUGAUCAAUGAGGUUGAUGCUGAUCAAAAUGGGACAAUUGAUUUUCCUGAGUUCCUCAAUUUGAUGGCACGGAAGAUGAAGGACACUGAUUCUGAGGAGGAACUGAAGGAAGCAUUUAAGGUCUUUGACAAGGACCAAAAUGGUUUUAUCUCUGCUGCUGAGCUACGGCAUGUGAUGACCAAUCUGGGAGAGAAAUUGACAGAUGAGGAAGUGGAAGAGAUGAUUCGUGAAGCAGAUAUUGAUGGUGAUGGCCAAGUCAACUAUGAGGAAUUUGUGAGAAUGAUGCUGGCCAAGUAAAGUUGGAUGGGAAACAAAUAUAGGGUUCAAGGAAAACAAGGUGAUGUUGUAGUAAUAGUAAUACGGUCUCAUUCUUAGAUGUUGUUAAAGUCAACUGUUCUUUUCUACCUUAGCUUGUGGUAUGGGUUUGUGGACUGAAUUUAUCUUCCAGUUGAGUGGAGACAUUUUCCCUCAAAGACAAUGAUAGUCCAGUCUGUUGUAGAAUGUGCUUGUGGUAACUUAUUUAGAGGUUCUUAAUGGUUUGCCCUUGUAAAAGUUGAUAGUGAUCAGAAAUUUCAUAUAAAAGUCAAUUCUACUCCUAUGGUUAAGUGUUCAAAUAACACGAAUGCAAUGUACAAAACCCAGCACUAGAGACAUGCUAUGGGAAAGAUUUCUUUGUAUACAAUGGCAGCCUGCAAAUCCAGGUGGUUUCUCUCUUAAA